UUCUGAGCCCUGAGUGCAUUCGUAGUGAUCCGCCGCAAGAAUAUAGUUCUCAGUCAGCAAACAUGAAAUCUCAAAGUUGUUUCGUCAGAAUGUAAGAUCGUUCUCAGAAUACAGGUCUUCAUUGUAUUAUACAAAGUACUCUCAGAUUAGUACUGAUUACAACCUGUACAUUAUAGAGAAACGACCUAGUGUUUUGCGUAGUAAUUUUAGCUUCGUUUAAAGUGACGCAGUUCGGUGAUGACUCACUUUUACGUGCUCACUAGGAUUUUCAUGGCUGCAUUAUAUACUUUCACUUUAAAGUGAGAGUCAGACAGUCCAAGUUUUCUGCUUGGCAGUCCAGUCUCGGGAGACUAUCAUUUCUGUGCCAUCCGCAGAACUUCUCAACAAUACAAGCGUUGAAAUAUUUCUCGAAAACGACUCUCAAUACGGAGAAUUCGGCGACGAUUUUCUGACAGGAAACAGAUACACAGCGGAAAAUGGGCCAGUCAAUGAGCACUCCCGCGGGGUCAGCGGAAGGUCAACGAAGCCAAGAUCAGGCAUCCUAUGGUUAUGGUGUAAUGACGGUUGAAGAGAUCAACAAACCUAAACUUGGGAAACUUAUCAUUGAGUACUGUGGAAACGAGGGGACAACAGACGAUGAGCGGACAGCAAGCCUUCGCAAGUUACUGCAGCGAGCAAUCACUAACCUGGAGCCCCUACAGAAGCAGUACCCGGGGGUAUGGAGGGAUGCAGAACUCAAGAUAUUUGACCUGUAUGGGAAUGGGUAUGUGGUUAAGUCUGGGCAGGGUUCUGUCAAGUUUGUAGCACUGAUUACAGGGAAAGGUGAUGUUGAGCUUAAUAAGAUCAAAGACGAGAGUUGGUGGGCCUCCAUGAAAUCUCUGUUUAAGAGUCAAAAUACUUCACAGCUUCAGAUAGGGGGUGCCCCUACUGACCAGAGGCCGUCGAAUAGUGGUUCACAACCAAAGGAGGGUCAGGUAGAUAAUGCUUCUCUUAUGGUCCCAGGAAGCCCUGGUGAAGAUGGGGAUGGGGCAGCUAAAGGGGAACAUCAGGACCAGUCACCAAGUGGGCAUGGUGGAGGGGAUGGGCCACUUAACAAUCCGCCCUCCUCAUCAAGCUCGUUCAAUCCACAACCAACUGACAAUCAGCCAAGCAGUGAGGGUCAAAUAGGAAGUAAUGAUAUAUCAGGAUCAGCUUCUCAGGUCCAGCUGAAGCUUCUGGGGGUAGCCAAACUGCUAAGAAAGAAUUAGAAGAGGGUGGCUCUACUAUUUGCAGUUGUUACAUAGGAUAAUUCACAGACAUCCAACACGACUCUGAUACUUCGGCUACCGGAAAGACAUUUUCCAAUCAUAUGUAAAUCAUGGAAUAACUGUGUAUGCCCCAUCAAUUUCCUUUUGGUGAAUAGGAAAAAAAGUCUUAUUUGUGGCCACUGUAUCCAACACCGGACGUUAUUGUCCUGCUCCCUGUACCUUUAAUGGUAAGAAAUCACCAUUGACAGUACCAGUGCAUUUUGCACGGUAUUUAAUCACAAUCAACAGUGCCUGUGCACUUUUCAUGGUACUGAAAGAUCAUCAGUACCAAUGCACUUUUAAUAAUAUCUGGUGUAUUUUAAUGAUGAUAAAAGCAUCAUCAUCAGUACUGACAUGAUGCACUUUCCAUGGUACUGAGAAUCAUCAUUAAUAACGUAUUGCUCUUAAAUGAUAGCCUUUCCCUAAGCCAUCUGUCUUAAAGGAUUAACGUUGCGUGUAAUGUGCACCAUGCAGGCAACCUCCACAGAACCACAUUCAACUGUAAAGAAGUUAUGAAAAGUUGCAAAGCUUAAAAAUCGUGUCUCAGUGUCAUCAUUGUAACUGCUUCCUUGAAAACAAUUACGUACACAAGCUGUACCAGUAGCCUAUUUUUUUGUCAUAUACCCCUUGAGGGUGGACAUUAUAUUCUCCCCUCACCUCAAAGUAUAUGUAUGUAUUGUUAAGGCCUAAAUAUCAGGCACAUCGUAAGUAAGAGGAUGUUACAACAUUCAAAGGCGUCAACUACAUGUACUUUCAUCAAGAAGUAUACAAAAAUGUAGUUGACAACUGAGCAGGGAAAAAACGGGACCUCUUAGUCGAAAAUGUGAUAUUAAUACUGUAGGCACGUAAACCAGGGCAUGGUUACAUGUACUAGUUGAAGAACAGGGAACACCAUGGGGUUCUUUUCCUGAAAAUGUCAUAGUAGUGUAUGACUAGUGGCCUUCAAUGUAGCCUUCCGCAUCAUAGAAACCGGUGUUUGUACCAUUUCCUGUUCAUGCUAAUAUAUGCUUACAACACUUUCUGUAUAGGUGUACAAAUAUGUAUGUCAAUAAGUGUGGAUUUAGUGUAUACUUGCAAGACAGAGGAAAAACAAAGGAAAUCAUCUUCACUUUAAUAUCAUCCAGAAAUUUACAAUACUCAUACGCAGCUAUAUAUGUAUAUAUCACAUAUCAUUAGAAUUUUAUGAGAAGUCUGGCUUUUCUCAUGAAAAACAUGACCAUAGUCAUCAUUAUCUGACUGAAGCAGCAAGAUUAAAACACCAAGAAAUAAUUAAAAAAUCCAACACUUUGAUACAAUGAGUACUGGUGCAGGAGUAAAAUACAAUGUUGUUUACUUCAACAAAAGGCAGAUGUGGGAUUGGACUUCUUUUAUACAUCUGUUAUAUUUUGUAAUGGUCUGCAUUUUUGAGGAGAGACAAAUGCAGGCCACUUAAGGACAAACUUGAUGCAACAAGAAUGUAUGUGACAGAUGGACCCUACAUUUGACCCUUUGAGAUAAUAUUUUAUGUUACGUAUGUCUGGUAAUUCACUGUUUCUGUUUUCACCAUUGCACCACAGCAUAGUAUAAACAGCUAAAAUCUGAAUGGCCACUCAAAAUCUUGAUGAUUUUUAUUUGUUGAGCAAAAUACUAAAAGACCCACACAUUCUACUUUUAAGACUAUUCUUAAUAUCCAAUUCACUACAUAUGAAUUUACCUACGUGUAAGUGCAAUCCAACUAUAACUAUGCAUGUUUUGUUUCGUUUUAGCCCUUGUGAGAAUACGCACUGAAGAAUGUCAGGGAAUAUUUCCAUGUAUCCCUCCACCACACACA